AUGCUUACACGUCCACACGUCUUCCUUUGUGCAGACUUCGACAAGGACAUUGCGGUCGAGUACGUCUCUGACGUGAUUCUUUAUGGACAAAAGAAAGCUACCACAGUAAUCCAAGCCGCAGACUUUGCCUUCAAACAACACUUUUCGUUCCCUUUCUCUGUCGUAUACGGCCUCUCGCCCGUCUUCAAGGGUGACAACGAUACGAUUGCAUCGCCAUUCUAUCAGAACUGGCGCGACGGUCACUUCAAGUCCCCGUACGCAGCUUACCACUGGUGUUACGGCAACCAUAGCCGCAAGACUUGCAAGGGAGCCGAUGCGCUUCAGACGCUCGGCUACUACGAUCCCUCUUUGAUCGACGGGGACAUUGAAUGGUACGACAACAUCGACUCGACCACUACCAACGUCAACUCUGUUGACUUUGUUUAUGACCCGGCUAUCUACAACUACUGGAUGUUGGAACUUUCUCGACUCGCGAUGGGAUCCAAGGUUUACGCGCUUAACGAUACGCUUACGCCUGCCGCUGUCUUUGACCAUGCAAGCUACGGACGAGGCGCACCUAUCUCCAGGACGCUAUACGCCGAUCUCAUCCAGCGCACCAAUGCAACUCAAGUGACGCUCGCUGAGCCUCCCAACAACGGCCCGCAGAAGACGUAUGCCUUCAACUGUGCGAACGCUGCCAGACUUCCACCGCUUCAUUACACUUUCAAGGGCUCCACCCGCACCUGGUCGUCGCCAGCCAAACACUGGGUGGUUGAGACAACCGAUUCUGCGAACGUGGACGCAGAAAAGUCAUGCAUCUUUGACGUGCGUGUUGUCACCGAUCUCCCGAACGGUGGCGGCGAUAGCUUUGACAUAGGUAACUUUGGGGAGACGUUCCUCAAAGACAAGUACAUUGUGUUUGACUUUGACCGACUGAGAAUUGGCCUUGCCAAGCUUCGCAUCUGA